AACAACGACCAAGAACAAUUUCCACGUUAGCGUUUUUAUUUAGACCUUUAUUAACACCAUGGAACUCAAAAUAUGACUAAUUUAACUGCACAGCAUCAUAUACUUACCCCACGUAGUCUUUAAUUUGCGUUGGAGACAGGACUUGGCAGAUAUAUGUUAUCUAGGUCAUGCUAGCUAACUGCUAACGUCAGCUAACAAUGGCUAACUGUAUGGUUUUUCACACUCAAAUAGCCUCCAUCAUGGAGGUGCUAGCGAAUGCCGCCGUGGCAGAGAUCUGUAAACUCGUAGACGACGAUUAUGCAGUGUUUCGUUUGGAAAUUUCUCAAAGCCAAAAAGAAAACAGGGCAUUGCGGAGGAAACUACAGCUACUGGAACUGAAGGUGACACGAGAUCGCGUCCUCACCAAUCGUUCCAGUAGUGUCAAGAUCCUCGACCGGUACAGAGGAAUGGCAAGAGGUGAAGGACAUCUCACUGGAGGCAACAAGAGCUUUCUGAAGCCAGCGGGACACAAUACAUGGAGCGAUGACCAACCAAUCACUGUUGAUGAGGGGAGUGGAACCUCAACCCAGCACAUUAUCGUGAUAGAGUCUGCAGGUCAUGGGGUCAAGCUGGAGAGGUCUGAAGGAGAGGAGGACCUACGCCACAGCAAAGACAUCCAGACUGGAGCGGCUGGAGCGCCCCCUGUAGCUAUGGAGGACCCCACCACCGCCCCAGCGCAGCCCAGGACUCGACGCAGCAUCACGGAGGAGGAGGAGGGUCCAGAGGUGCUGCUGUUGAAGGAGGAGGGGUGUGAGGAGGGUCUGGGGAACCCUAAGGGGACCAUGGUCAUAGAUGACAACCAGACUACACCUCCUCCUGAACCCACAGUGGAACCAGCUGAGCAGCACACAACCACACACAGUCUCACUGAGUCAGUAGACAUGGAGGAUGGGAAGCCUGAUCUGCUGUUAGUCAAAGAGGAAACGAUUGAAGACGGACCAGAGAGCAUGGACCUGCUGAGUGGACUAAAGAUGGGGGAGCAAGCAGGUGGUUGGCUGGAGGCUAACAGAGGAGACUGGGCGGCCAUCUUGGAUUCCCAGAACCAGACGGGUGCGGCCAAGGGCCCAGGGAACAACAUCACCGAGCAGGCCUGGACCAGGGUGACAUGGUGGAGGUCAGGGGAUGGGACAGCGUCCUCAACUCUGGGCUGGGGAACAACACUGUUAACCACAACAAGAAACAGACAGUCGAACACAAAGCAACAUCCGAACUUAGUCUCCAUGACAACAGACUGGCUGAGACCAGGACGAGGACAUAGAUUUGGUCUGCAGGGUCAGGGAAGUGUCCGUAUGCAGCGGGGAGAGAACAGACACAGACUUGACUAG